GAUGUUAAUUUUUCCGUCGCUCGGCACGAAUUUUUUACGACUGCCUUAAUUUAAUACGGCCGCCGUUGCAUUAUUGGUAUGAUGUUUUUUUUUUCCACGGCGAAUUUUUUUCAGUAGUGGUGGAACCUGACAAACGUGUAUGCGGAUUCAGUGUAAAACAUCGACCGACGACGAAUGGAACGCACCAGCUGAACUGCUCUUACCUAGUGCAUACUGUUUUGGAAUUAUGGGUCACCACCACUACAAGUGAUUUGCGAAUAUUUUCGUCGCAGAACCGCACACUGUCUCCGAUCUCCGAAUUUCAGUCGGUUGGUUUUUAUUUUCCUUUUUGGUCCAGUGAGUACCAACCAUUGGUUUCUCGUUGUGCUGGAAAUCUAAUACUAAUUAAUUUAUUUGAAUCCUUUCGCUUUUAUACAAUAAUAAUUCUAUGGCAAUCCUCUAAAAUAUUAGAAUAAUAUUGUCAUUCGUGGACCAUGGCUCCGGUUUUGAGCAAAUAUGUGUCUCAAAAAAAUGCCCUCAUCGGCGGUGCUGUUGCCGGAGUACCUCUGUUCGUUUAUUUGUUGAAGAAAUACGCAUUUCAAAAUAAAAACACUGUUAAAAGGUACUUACGUAUAUAAUUCUUCAGUAGGUAAUAUUCAUAAAUAUAUUACAUCUGUAUUUAAACCUUUUUUUCUAGGGCUCCCGAAAAUGACAUAAAAUACCUCAUAGUUGAUGUAAGUCAAAAUUUGAUUGAUUAAUUUAAUAAGUGCCUAUUUUUGUACAAUUAAAAUAAAUGGCUAAACUUAACAAAGGAUUAACUAGGUUCUAAAAUAAAGAAAUGAAAUACAUUUUUACACCCGAGUUCUGUACUACAUCAUUUAGUUUGUAUGGUCCAAGUGGGUACCUAAACCCAAUGUCAUACUAAAUUAAAGUAUUUCAUUUUAUCAAGAUUUAUACAAGUAUUCUAUUUUCAAAAAUUAUCUUUGUAAAUACGAAUCAUAAUAUCUUGUAAAUUAAAAUCCUUAUCACAUUCGAAAAAUAUAUUUUCUGAGUGUUGUUCAAUAGUAAUAAAUGAGGAAGUAAUUUGAAUUAAAACUAAAUGAGAUACCGAUGUUUUAAAAUUAAUAAAAUUAUACAACAUAGGUAUCUUCUACUUAAAAUAAUACAUUUUACCGUUUUAAAUAAUUAAAAUGCAUUAUUAUAAUAGGAACAUUAUUAGGUAGUUAAAUAAUAUGUAUACUACUACUAUUUUGUAACUCAGUAUAUAGUACCUACAUUUAAUAUUAAGAAUUAAUUUACCCACUGGCAAUUUACAUACUAAGUUAAAGAAUAGCAUUAAAUAAUAUUUCAAAUGUUAAUUUAUUCCUUAUUCGUCCAAUUACACAAUUAUAUUGAAUACAUUAGCAGAGACUUACUAUAAAUAUUUGAGGUCGUAUUCUUCAUGUUUCUUAUGAACUUUCAAUUAUUAACUCAAAUUUUACAUAAGUACCUAAUUAUAUAAAAAAAAAAAACCUGAGAUCAGUAACACCAAUAAAAUAUAAUUAAUGGUUUAGAUCAUAAUAAUUAAUAUUUUUACUAAAAUUGUAAUAAAUCAAAAUUUGUUUUUAUAUUUUAUUUUAACAAUAAAUGUAGUUAUUUAAUUUAUUAUAAACAAAAUAUUAGUUUUUCUUUAUUUUCUUGUUGUCUUUUUAUUUGGCUGCAUCCAAGUUGGGUCACGAAGAAUUUUGAGUACUAUACUAAUUGAAAUUGAACACUUUAAAGCAAUACAAACAUUUUUCUUCUUAUUUUUACAGACUUAGAACUUAGAUCUAUUCAGUAAUUUUAUCCUUUAUACAUUUUUCUUUUUUUAAAAUACAAUAUUGUUUUGUUUUUUCUGAACUUCUCAUUUUAAUGUAAAUAUCUAUUCGGGUACUUUUUAAAACUUCUAUCAACUGCAGGUAAAUAUUAGGAUAGCUAUGAUAUUUUGUAUUGUAUUUUCCGAAAUUUCUAAACGUUUACAUUAAUUAAUAAAAAUAUCAGGGUACUAGAUACCUAGGUUAGUAGACUAACCGCAUAAACCCAGCGCCCAGAUAGUGUAGAUAUUUGAACACAGGACCCAACUCAGAUAAGCCGAUUUAUUUAUAUAAUUUACAAAAAUAUAUAAUAGAUUUUUAAGUAUAUUGUUAUUGUUAAAUUAAUUUAUAAAACUAACAAACCUAACAACUUCUUUUAUAUUAUUAAAAUUGUAAUAAGUAUACCUAAUUGUUGAUGUUAAUUUUUAAAUUAAUAACCACAACCAAUAAUUAUUCCUAUAUUACUGCCUUUAUUUUUGCCAUUGUUAAAUUGUACUAUUUAUAUGGGUAUUAUAUUAUUAAUAUGUGGUUAAUACCCACAGGAAUUAAAGCCAAAACAAAAUUAGGUAAUCAGUUUUUAUUUUUAAAUCUUUAUCAAUAAUUUUUGAAUUAUCCUGAUUCUAAAAUAAAUAUCAAAUACACAUUAUAACAUUAUAGCUUGAACAGUUGUAGUUAACAUAAUCAAAUAUUUGCAUAUUCAUGAACUGAAAUUUAAAAUAUCAAGUGCUUAUUGUGUAUAAGUAAUAUGCAUAUUUUAAUUAUGACAACCAUUCAAAAAUGUAACCAUAGAGUAAAAAACAUGUAACAAUAACGAGAUGUUAGAUUGAAGAUAAAAGAUUUUAGAUAUGUUUACAAAUAUACAAAAUAUGAAAAAUAAUUGUGUUUCACAAAAUAAAUUUCAAUUCUAAUCAUCUAAAUUAUAGCAGUCAUUUUUAUUUUAUUUUGUUGUCAUUAUGAAACUUGUAUUUUUUAUUAUUUCAAAGGUUCCAUACAAACGCUGGUACAUUUUUCUUUGAUUCAGUAGUUAAAGAAUUUAACACAGAUUUUACUUUUUUAGAAUUAUAGUUAAUUAGGUAAUUAAAAUUAUCUGUUUAAUACAAUCGUAAAGUAUUGAAUAAAUUGUGAGAAUACAAUUUUAAAACGAAUGCCUACAGGGAUUUUAUUUCCUAUUACAAAUCAAUGGUUUAUUAUUAUUGUUAUUAUUAUUGCUGUUUAUUUAUUGAUCUUUUGAUUUAAUAAUUUAGACAGUUAGGUCCGCCAAAAAUACAAAACAAAAAAGGUUUUGCUUUUUAGAUUAUCUCGUAAUUUACUGAAAAUUGAAGUCUGCAGUUUUUAAAAAAUUAUUUUGAAAAACUCAAAAUAGUCGUGCAAGUAUCUAAUAUGAGUAAUAGGUAAAUAUUAAUUCGGGAAUAUCCGUAGGCUAUUAUAGUUCUUUAAUAUCAACAAUCCUUGUCUCUGAUUGGUUUCAUUUAGUAAAUGUGUCGUUCAAAAAUCCGUUAUAUUCUCUCUGGAACCGAACACGUGGUCGGUCCGACCUCCAAUUGACUAUGUGCAUCGUGCGUGUAUUUUAUUGGUACACGGAAAUAUUUUGAUCGUUUCUUUGUUUCCAAUUCCGAUUUUGCAUGACAUUUGUUUAUGGGUAUUAGUUAUAUAAUAAUGCGUGAAAAAACUUGGCUUCCGGUGAAUUUAUUCGCUUUUAUUAUUGUAAAACUGGAUUAUCCACUCGGGUAUAAUUUUGGAAUUUUUCGUUAUUUUUAACGCCUUCAAUUUGUUUACUAGAGCGCAAGUAGUUCGUAAAAUGCAUUAAAAACAAAAAUAGCUCUUAUAAUAGGUAUUAUUUUACGAAUGAUUUUUCAGAGCUUUAGCGUUUUACACUUGGUGCGCUUUGUACUCCCUAAGAUUACGAAUUGACUAUACUGGUCACCAUGACGGGAUAUCGUAUAUUUCAGUACACAUUUUCCCUCUCCUUUUUUUUUUCCACUCCUAUUAAAAUAAGUUUCGACGAAUUUUCUGCAGUUUCCGUACUCGUUUGUAAAAUAAACAAUACGCCUACCUUGAAAACGAUAUUUUACUUAUAAAUAUUUUUUUAUUACUUACCGACCGUUUAACUGCUUACUUAAUAUGUUUUUAAUUUGAAAAAUAAUUUGACGAUUACCGAUUUACGUAAUAUAAUAUAAUUGGUAUGCACAUGGAUACCGUGUGUUUUAAAAUUCAUUACCCGAUUCAGCGGAUUGAUGAGAGUUUGGGAACACCAUUUGUGUUACUUACCUGUUUGAUACUACGAUAGAACAAUCCGAAAAUCGUGUUUGAUACCGUAAACCUAAUCAUAGGUAUAUAUUUUUAUUUUAUCGUUUAAUCUCGAAUUACAAUUUAACAUUUAUUUAUUUAUCCUUUUAAGGAAUAAGCAAUUUUUGAAAGUUGUAAAGUAAAUCUUUUUCCUCUGGAGUAGAUAAAUCUUAAAAAUGAAUCACCAAAAUCAACCGCAUUAAUUUUUUCAUUCAUAAAUUAUCUUCAAGAAAUUAACUUUUCUUUAGAUAAGAAGAAAAUUGUAUUUAGCUAAAAAAUGACUAAAAUCCAAGUGAUCUGGGUACCUACCUAACAAUUCAGUACAUGUGCAUUCAUCAUAAACGAAACGUAUUUUCAUUUGUUCAGCUCCCAUUAAAAUACUUUGGUUGGUGAUAGGAGAGUUAAAAAAAAAAUCACGUUAAAAAACGGGUCAGCGCAAACCUCAAAACUUGUUUCACUCGUUUCUUAUGAUUUAUGAACAUAUAACCUCAAAAGUGCGUAAAUUAUGUAUUAAAAAAAUUUCGUAAAAUUAUGUAUUGAAUAAAAUUCGUUCGUAGUUAUCAAAUCCAUCUGUAGAUUUUUUCGGCCAGCCGAAUAAUUACGGAUUAGUCGACAUUGCCAACUUAAUUUUUCUGAUUUAUUUUCUUGAUACCAAAAACGUAGUUUUCGAUUUUUAGUGUUAUAUGCCCUUUUAUCAAAACACUAUGGAUUCGAUUUUGCCAGACCAUUUAAGCGAUUUUCUGCCAUUUUCGAUCGUAGGUUAGUUUUCAAGUGACGUAAUGAGGAAAAGGUUGUAUAUUUUAUCAGUCGUUGUAGUAAUUACAUAUACAAUUUUAAGAACGUUUGGAAAAACGCAUUUGCAUUACAAAUUUCAAGGGCGUUUUGGAUAUUUUGACCGGCUACAGUUGCAGUAACAGUUGAACUCCCCCCACAAAAAAAAAAAAAAAAGCCCGUUCCCCUGCACACGAAACUGCAAUAAUAUAAUCUAUUCGUAUCGCUUAAAUAAACAUUUAUCUCAAACUUGAGCCUACGCUCAACCUUUUUUUUUUUUUUUUUUGGAGAAAUAUAAUCGAUGAUCGGGAAAAGUGACGUGAAUUUAUGAUGGCGGCAAAUACUCUUUUAGAGUAGAUUAAGCCAGCAUAAGAAGAAGAAGAAGCGUGUUUAAAGUUCAAUUUUCUAAGACGUUUCUUUCAAUAAUAACAAUAAUAGUAAUUUUAAAGCAAACGUUAUUUGUUGUCGCAUUUGUAAUGUCAUACGCGCGGGUCACCACAAUUUAGAUUACAUCCGUCACAGACGUUGGCCAGUUAGUAAUUAUAUCGAGUACAUUGGAUCGAUAUUAAAUAUUUAUUCGGAAUAUUUUAAUUUUUCGCCCGUCCGUUUAUGAAUAUGAAUCGUUUGUUCGCUGGCCAUUACCCGUGCACUCGCGUUACACGUCAGUUUUUUUUCUUUUCUUUUUUUCGUUUUCUAUUGAUAGUUCGUAUUACAUGGUAAAUAUUCAAAUCGUCGUAACCGUGAGAUUUUAUCGAAGCGCCGUCCGAAAUUUUAGGAAUAUUAAAGCAAACUCGUUUUAGACGAACGGCAAAAACAGAAAAAAAUAUUGUCGAUGGUAUUAUUCCCACCGCGAUCGAGAAAAGGCUUAUAGAAAUCUAAAAUGUAUAUAAACUAGCUGUCCCACCCGGCAUUAUUUUUAUUAUAUUUUUAUCCUUAUUUCUUUUUGGUUUUGACCGUGUCAGUAUUGAAUGAAAACAGAUAGCAGGUGAACUAAAAGUAAUUGUUGUGACGUUUUUCAUGAUUUUCAUAUCAAAUAUAUCUAAACACCGAAUUUUGGGGGAGUCGGGUUUCAAAGGAAGUGACGUCUAACCUAACCUAUCGGGGAGUGGGGUCGCUCGACAGUGUAAAAGAGCGUCUACCGUAUUUUCGGAGACGGCACGGCAUUACUUUUAUACCUUUAUGUGCGUAUUUUCCGGCAAUUUAUAUUAAUAUAAAAUUAAUUACUCGAUUGUUAUAAUCCUUAUAUAUAUAAAUAUAUAAUUUAAAAUUCUAUAUGUAUAAAAGUGAAACAAUAUAUUGUUGUUGACGCCAUAACUCAAAUAUUAUCCAAAAUUUUCCACUUUUCCAGUCGACUUUCCAAACAUUUUCUUUCGUGCGAACCGUUAUUUCUAUUUAUCAUCGAAUAGCUGUUGUUAUGGAAACAUGAGACAGCCGAACUGAUAGUCAAUUAUCGAAUUAAUUUUGUUGAUUACCUCGAUGAUACGACAGAAAUAAAAAAAAAAAAGACUGCCAUACUUCGCAUGAUGAGCCUCACUAUUAUAGGUGAGAAGUUGGGAAAAUAGCAUAUAGAGGGGAAUUUAGUGUAUUUUUGUAUGCAACGAUUAAUCAUCGCUAAUGAAGAACGAUAUAGUAAAGAAAUAAAGGUCGUAAUAUUUACGAUUUUCGUUAAAAUUUAAUAUUAAAAUGUUAAUAAAAAAAAAAACUACAAUAAAAACAAUCUUUUCUUGUUGAUCAUUAAGUACAACUUAUAAUAAACCUUCUGCUAAAUUUACAAGCAUUUCUGUUCGAUCUUACAAUUUUAUCCACAAAGUACCUGCCAAAUUAAAAUUACGUACAAAAUUUCCAAAAUUAAAAUGUCUAUAAAUUGUUCAAAAAUGGCUCAAAUGUUUUGAACAUUUCACCAUAUCUAGAAAAACUAAAUAUAAGUGUUCUGUUCAAAUUUCAAGUUCCUACAAAUAUGUUAGACCGAAUAACAACAAAAAACGAAAAGAACGGACAUACUUCGCACGUGGGUGCAGCCACUAUUGUGGGUAGGAAUUUGGGAAGACUAGUGGGAAUUUAAUGUAUAUCUGUAAGCAACAAUAAACCAUUGUUAACGAAAAAACGAUUCCGAGUGGAGUUCAAUUGACAGUGUUGUUUUGUCAACUAAAUAAUAUAUGUUACCGUUAAUGUUGUAAAAUCGGUUAUUAUUCGUUAUAAUUAUACUUCAACCUAUUUUGUGCUGUUCGUUUUAAUAUUGGAUUGUAUUGGCCUAUUAAAUAACUUAUGGUAAGCAUGCUGUUUGUAUUUGUACGUGGGUUUUUUCUCGGUAUUUUAGUUUUUAAUCUGGAUUUGACGAUUUUUAAAUUGUAAUAUUUCAUACGUUUAUAACUCACUUGAAAAUAAAAACACCGAGAAAAAACCAACGUACAAAAACUAACAAUGUUCUUACUUUUAAGUUUGAUAAUAGGCUCAUACACUCUAGUAUCAAAUCUAACAGCACAAAAUCGAUUUUUAUAUACAAUAAGUAUAAAUACAACGACAUUAACCGAUUUUACAACGUUAACAGUAAUAUAUAUGUAUGUCAUAUUAUGGUAAAAUGAUUACAAUAAUGUGCGUUUCCAUGACAACAAUAAUUGUUUAAAAAAGAUUAAAAUAACAAAAUAUGAAUAAAAACAGUUGUCAAUGCCAACCUUAUUUUUAAUCUUUCAAUCUUUUUUAACCUUAAGAACCAGGUUUUCCUCAUUAUCUCGCACGUGAAUGAGAAUUCCAAAAAAUUACCUCUCUAAAGUACCAUCCAGAAAACAUUUCCUUUCGAAAUAGGUGCUAUACUUAUUACUUGAUAAUCGGGGUGAGCUAUCUGGUAAAAAAUGUGUUCACAUCUUUAUAAAACCAAUACAUUCACUAAACUCAGAAUAUAAAAUUGAAAAUAAUACAUUUCGUAAACUUUUCCGGUUUUUAUUUAUUAUAAAUACACUUUGAUGAAAAUCAAAAAAAAUGACCUUUUUAAAGUACCACCCAAAUAAAAUUUGUUUCCAGAAAAAGUACUACACAUGAAAAUUAUAGUAGAAAAAAUGUUUACAGAUCAAAAAAAUCAUCAUUAUAAAUCCAAUAUAUUCAUCGCUUCGUUUAGAAUCUAAAAUUAUUGAGAUUUUUAUGCAAAAAUACCAUCUUAGUUUACGACUCUUUCGGCGUAGAAAUUGUGUGCCCUAAAAAUCUAGUCCCGACAGUUAUGAACAAAACAAAAAAUAAAAAAACAGCCCAAUUAGUCUAUCAGUCACCAACAAAAUAUCGAUACAUUUUAAAUUCUAAGCGGAGCGAGGAAUAAAUUGGUUUUAUAAUGAUGUUUGUUUUUUUUUUAUUUUUUUUUUUUUUUUGGUUUGUUAACAGUUAUUGUACUAGAAAUUUUGAUCCAAUUUUCAAGUGUAUUUUGUUUAUAUUUAUAUAGAUGUUAAUACAUUUUAUACAGAGUGUUAAAAAUGUAUGUUGCUGUAGAUUUCACUAAAAAAUUUUAUUUAGAUUUUGACCUCAGAGAGAAAUUAUGUGGUUUUCUAUCAUAAGUCAUGCUUCGAUUUUAUAGGGUACCAUCAUUUCUGAAAACAAAUUAUAUGAUUUUAUGAUACCUUUGUUGUUAUAAUGAUUAUUAAUAAUAAUAAUAAUAAUAAUUAAGAAAAACGAUUUUCAAUUUUAAUUUUUGUUGUAAUUCAGUUAAAAAAUAAUUCUAGACAUUUAAAAUAUCCACAGUAUACAUACUGGCCUUAUUUAGAAAUUAUAAAUUGUUCAAAAAAUUUUGGCCAUUUUUGAGCUAUAUAUGAUGGGCAUUUAAGAUUACUCAUAGUUGUGGUAUUUUUAAGCCAAUAAUGAGCCAUGAGGGAUGUGGGGUAUAACCCACGCACGAUACUGAGGUUGUCUAUACUUGAGUUCAUAUAUACAUGUUUAUAAACAAUAAUAUUGAUAAUUGUCAUACAGAAAUCGGCAGAAUCGAGACAAGCGAACCGAGCUCACGUCAACGCUUUAUUUGUCAAACAACUAUUUAAAAUAAUAAAAAUCGUCAUACCCGGAUUUUUAUCGCCGGAAUUUGGGAUCCUACUGCUCGUGGCCGCGUCGCUGGUGGCCAGAUCUUACAGCGACAUAUGGAUGAUACAGACCGCGACGGUCGUCGAAACAGCCAUUAUAAGUAUGGACACGGAUUUGUUUAAAAAACAACUGAUGUAUUUUUUCGCCGGAAUGCCGAUCGUGAGUAUCUGUUGCCCACAAUAUUAUUAUUAUCAACAUUUUCGAACGUCAUUAAUAUAUACUUAAAACUUUUGUAGAUUUCCUUGGUCAACAGCGUAUUAAAGGUAAAUAUUAUAAUUUCAAAAUCUCUAGUCUUCACUGUAUUUCGAAUCAAUAUUAAAUGUUGUUUUACCAUUUGUCUUUUGUAGUGGAGCAUUGGAGAGUUGAAGCUAAGACUUCGAACCAGACUGUCACAUCAUCUAUAUGAGGAUUAUUUAAGGUACCGGGUUAAAAAAAAAAAUGUAUUAAAAAAAACCUAAGUAGCCUGUAUUUUAUUAAACAAUGUUUAGAGGAUAUACCUAUUACAAGAUAAACAAUUUGGACAACCGCAUAUCAAAUCCAGAUCAGCUGUUAACGGCUGAUGUUGAUAAGUUUUGCGAUAUGUUCACUGAUUUGUAUUCAAAUAUCUGUAAACCAUUUUUGGACAUUGUUAUUUACGUUUAUCAGCUAACACGCACAUUAGGAUUUGAAGUAAUUAUAAUUUCUAUCUUCAUAUUAUAUGGAUUAUAAGUUAUAAUCCGUAUGAAACAAGAUUUUAAUUUUUAGUUUUACUUUUCAGACACCUUCUGUGAUGUUGGGUUAUUUGAUGUUGUCAGGAACAGUUCUCACCUACCUCCGACGACCGACUGGAAAAAUGACUGUCAUAGAACAAAAAUUAGAGGGCGAAUACCGAUACAUCAACUCCAGAUUAAUUACCAAUUCAGAGGAAAUAGCUUUUUACAACGGUAAUAACAGAGAAAAACUCAAUCUGUUAGCUUCGUUCAACAAAUUAGUAAGUAUUACAAUAUAAAUUUUGACUCUUAGUAAGAGUUAACUGUUGACAUGAAUAAAAAAAUAUUGCCAAUAUUUAAUUAUUACAAUACAUCCCAAUAAAGAGUAUCUAUGAAUUAAUAAUCAAUUAAUUAUAAUCAAAUGAUUCAAUUUACAUUAUUGCAUUUUUUUUUUUUUUAUUGUGUACCAAGUCUGUUCUUACUGUUUUUGGUUAUAAUUGACCUAAUUGUGUACCUAAUUAAAAUUCUCACAAUUUCAACUUACUCUAAUCAAGUUAUUCAUAAUACCUAUUAUACUUUGCAAUAUUAAUUUAUGUAUUUUUCCUGACAAUAUUUAUUGUGUUUAACCUAAUUUUGGACAAUCUGUCGUACCUCUCAUUUCUUUUAUAUUAGUAUAGUUUAUUAUAAUUUAAUUAUAGCUAUAAUAGUAAACCUAAUAAUAUAGUAAAUACUUCUUUAUAUUUUUGUUUGCUCAUAAAAUGAUAAAUGCUUUCAGCCAGCAAUGCUAAUAGGAAAACAAAUUGAUCUCUUAUUGAUACUUAUUUAUUUCUAUAAAAAAAAAUUUUAAAUGUCGAUUAUAAAAUGUAUUAAAUUAUAAUGAUUUAAAUUUAAUAAUUUUGCAAAGUUUUAAUGACCCAGUAAUUAACUUUUGUUUUCUAACAUUUUUAGACAAAUCACUUAAGAAAAUUCCUUGAAUUCAAAGUUUACAUAGGUUUUUUCGAUAACAUUAUUGGAAAAUGUAAGUCAUCAAAAUUAUUUAGUAUUUAUAUUGUGUUCUAAUUACAAAUUUACAUUUAAAAUAAUUAUGUUUUAUUUCAGAUAUUGCUACUGUCGUAGGAUUUUAUGCUGUUAGUAUUCCUUUUAUGAGUUCAAAAUCGUUUUUAGCCAAUACUAUUCAAAAAGAACGUUUUCGAGUAAGUUUACAACUACUACAUUAACGUGGUAAAUAUAAUGACAGUUUUUUGAUAAUAAAUUAUUAUCAAGAAUUUAUAUUGAUUAUAUACUAUUGUUUUAAUUUCAAUUCUAAUACUCUCAUUGUCGGUUCAUCUGUAAUAAAAAAAAAACUUUAUUAUUAUUUCACAUAAGAACUAAUCCGGCAAUUUUUAUUCAACACUGAGUGAUAUUUUAUAUUUGUUUUUUAAUUGAUGUUCUUAUUCAAAGUAAAAUUAUUAGUAUAUAGUAUACUUUAUAUUUGGUCCAAAAUCUAAUCAGCUUUAAUUUAAAUAUUUUUUAAAUAUUAAAAUCUCUGCGUUUUUUACAGAAUUACUAUACAAUGGGCCGCAUGUUGGUAAAAUUAGCUGAAGCCAUUGGUCGCUUAGUAUUAGCCGGUCGUGAUAUGACACGUUUAGCUGGUUUCACUGCCAGAGUAACAGAGAUUAUGUCUGUACUAAAUGAUCUAAACAAUGGAAAAUACGUGCGGACCAUGUUAACUGAUAGUUUUACACUGAAAGAAAAGAAGCUGUCACCAAACUCUGGUCGUAUUAUAACUAAAGAUAAUGUUAUCAAGUUUGAUAAAGUACCCCUUAUAACACCCAAUGGUGACAUACUGGUUGAAGAAUUAUCAUUUGAAGUUGUAUCAGGUAAAAAUGUGCUUGUAUGUGGGCCCAAUGGAUGUGGAAAAUCAUCUUUGUUCAGAGUUCUUGGCGAAUUAUGGCCGCUAUUCGGUGGAACACUAACAAAACCUCCAAAAGGCAAACUCUUUUAUAUUCCGCAAAAGCCGUACAUGACAUUAGGUACACUCAGAGACCAAGUCACAUACCCUCAUACUAAGUAUGUACAAUUUGUUGGUGAUAUAUUAUGCUAUGUGGAUAGUUCUUAUUAGUUUGUAUAAUAAAUUUUGAUCACAGAGAAGAAAUGCAACGUCGUAAAAAAUCCGAUAUAGACAUAGCCCAACAUUUGGAACGUGUACAAUUAUCGUAUUUACUACAAAGGGAUCAAGGUUGGGAUACUGUGGCCGAUUGGAUGGAUGUAUUAUCUGGUGGUGAAAAACAACGUAUCGCCAUGGCCCGGUUGUUUUAUCAUCAGCCACAAUUCGCUAUAUUAGACGAGUGUACGAGCGCAGUCAGUGUAGAUGUUGAAGGUUCUAUGUACCAGUACUGCCGUGAUGUUGGAAUUACUCUUUUUACAGUUAGCCAUCGUAAAUCAUUAUGGAAACACCAUGAUGUGAGUAGUAUUAUUAUAAUGAAUACAAUGAUUUUCAUUUUUAUUGACUUGAUAUCUCUGUAAACUACAUUAAUAAUAAUACAUACUAUGAAACCAUAAAAUUAAUUUUUUAAACUCUAAAAAUGUUUAUAUACUAUGCUAUGUACUCAUAAUAAUUACUUUCUUCAUUACAACGAUUAUAUAGUAAUAACUAGAGCAUGAAUUUAUAUGCAUUAAAAUAUACCAUAUAACAUGGAGUAAAAAAUGAACAAAUUUAACAUUAUAAAUUGGUAGAUACAAAAAAUAAAAUCUAAAUAUUUAUUCAGCAACAUGCAAUGAUUAUAAAAAAAAAAAACAUUUUAUUAAUUAUUAUUUUUAUUAUUAAAAUUAAUUACUAAAUGAUAUUUAAGUUUUUUUCAGUAAAAUUGUGACUCUGUUUGUCAAUAAAUGUUUAUAAAUUGAAAACGAUUGUUAAGAUCAACUGAAAUAGUCUGAGAAUAAUAAAUAUAUAAUAUUUAUUAAAAAUGUACUAUUUUGUUCAAAUAAUUAAUUUAGUAGUUGUCGAGAAGUGACAUUUAUAGUAAACAAUUUAUUAAAAUUGGUUACAUACAGAUAAAUGUGUACCAGCUGUCAUUUAAAUAACCACUCAAUUUGUAUUGAAAUAGUUUUUCAGCCAUAAUAAUGACCAAAUUUCUCAUUUUUUUUUUCUCAGUUUUACCUACAAAUGGACGGUAGAGGAUAUUUUGAAUUUAACAAAAUCGAUUCAGACACAGAAGAAUUUGGUUCUUGAUUUCUUGGGUGAUAUUAAAAUAUUUUUAAAAGCAAUUAUGUACAAAAAUAUUUAUGAAUAUUGUAAGUUAGAGUUCAUUCUUGCCAAUUUCUAGUUCUCAUAUUAUAAUUUUACUAUAUAAAUAUAUAAAUAUAUAUAUAUAUUAUUUUUUGGUGUUAACAAAUCAAAUUAGUUUAUAAAUAUUUUUUACUUGCUAUUGUCAAGGUAUUUUUAUAUAGUUUUUGUAACGCUGAUUUUUUACCAGUCAACUGAACCAAUGUAAUGGUUUUAUGGUUGAAUAAUUUGUUGUAUCGUACAAAAGAGAUUAUUUUUGUACUCGUGUUUGUAACUAAAAUUUUAUAAUUUUUUUGAAAAUUUAAUAAAAAAAUUUUAGUAUGUGGUUACAAUUAUUAAUGGUAAUUCAUUCUGUGUCAGCUAUAUGUUACUGUUUUGAAAAUAAAUUAAAUAAAUCGGUACACUGAUUGAUUAAGUCAAUGACAAUAUUUAUUAAGAAUUUCUAUUAAAUCAGAAAAAAAUAAUAGCUCACAAACAUUAUAUAUUUUACUUGAUAAUUAAAUUAUUUUUAUCAACCUUUACUAUAUUAUAAUUUAUUUAUAAUACAAAUCAUUUCUGUGUACAAUUUAUAAUCCUUUCCCAAAUAAAAUUAAUAUACAAAAUAUGUUAUACUAUUUUCUAAAAUGUGUUACAGUAAAAACAGCUUGUUUAUCAAGUCUUACAAUGAUAAAAAAUAAUAAUAAUAAUAAUAAUAACACGGUAGAAAAUUUACAAAACUCCGUUAAGCAUUGAACAAUUUAAUUAUUUUUGUUUGCUCUUUCAAAAGCGCACAAAAUAAAUUAAUGUUCUUGAAAAUGCCAAUCUAACGGGCCGUAUACAAUUAUAUCACAAUUUCGCGUUGACAACUCUUAAACAUUACACCUUAUUAAUAACGAUAUAAUAAUAUUAUACAAACGUGUAUCGGUGGCGGCUAUAUAUAUGCUCCGAGAAGUGUUAAGAGGAGGCAAAAAUAGUUAAGUUUCUAAAAUACCUCCCCUCCGAGGAAAAAAAAUAUAUAAUAAUAUUACACAACUACAGAUAAAAUAUUAUAUUAAAAGAAUGUGUAUAUUAUACCUUUUUUUUUUUUUUUUUUUUCGAUAAGUGAAACGGACGCAUAUAAAAUUGUAAAAAAAAGCCAUGGCCCGUGGGGUUCACCACACAUAUAACCUCCACUGAUGUGUGCGUGUGUGUGUAUUUGUGUAUUUGUGUAUUUGUGUGCGUAUAAACCGCAGACGGUUUUUUCGAGUUAAAAAUAGCAUCGUGUAUUAUUUUUAUAUUAAUAUUAAAAUAUAGGAUGCCGCGGUUAGAAAACCGAAUUUAUGAAAAAAAAAAAAAAAACGCUUAAAAAUUAAUAAUAUCGCGGUGCGUUCGUUUUUUUUGACCGGUCGCGGGUCGGUGCAGCGAGGGAAUAACAUUAAAAUACGAAUGAGUAAUCGUAAUUGCACAGUAAUGUGAGAAGAAUACAAUAUUAUUAUUAUUGCGGAGACGAUUCUAUGCGAUUUCGAGCGAAACAAAAGCAGGGAUACCUAAUCGUAACGAUAUUAUAAUAAAAUAUUAAUAAUAGUUUUUAAGGAUCACAGUGUUUUUAGGUAUUAUAGUAUAUUAAAAUAUUAUAAUAUAGUCGUGAAACGGUUUUGCCGCGUCUACCGCUUGUUCCUCGCGCCCUUGAUGGUGAAACGCCUCCAAAAGCUCGGCUUGCGAAUGUUGGAAGUUUCUUCGUCGUCCAGCUCCCUGGUCGGCGACCCGUGUCCCGAAUCGCUCUCGUCCGCGUUGUACCGGCGCCCCGUCGCGCACGUCGAUGAGUCGUUGCCGCCCCGCAGGAAGUCCAAGAAAUUCGAUUCCGACUUCAUUUUACCUAAAAAACGAACAUUAAUUGAUAAAAUAC